AUGGGAGAUGCUGAAGCAGGCAAGAAGAUCUUCGUUCAAAAAUGUGCUCAGUGCCACACAGUGGAAAAAGGUGGAAAACACAAGACUGGUCCAAAUCUCUGGGGCCUUUUUGGCCGGCAAACAGGACAGUCACCAGGAUUUUCUUAUUCUGAUGCAAAUAAAAACAAAGGUAUAAUCUGGGGAGAAGACACUCUGAUGGAAUAUUUGGAGAACCCAAAGAAAUAUAUCCCUGGAACUAAAAUGAUCUUUGCUGGUCUUAAAAAGAAGAAAGAAAGAGAAGAUCUUAUUCAAUAUUUGAAACAGGCAACUUCUUAA